AUGUCGGUCCGCUUGUCAUUCGGAUCACGUGCAGGAGGCUCGACCGAUUAUCAAGGAGGCAGCAACUCGCCGGGCUUCUUCUCCCGGGGACCAUUCGAUUCCCUCGAUGCACUGGGCGAAGCUCUUAGGAACGAAAUACAUGCCGCCGAGCAGAGCAGCGUUCCGGAAUGCACAACUGUAGAACUAUCGCUCAGCUUCGGCGCAACUCUUGCGUUGCAUCGGCCUACGAUAGGACCUUACGCCAGUGGAGGAGAACAUGAUUUGCCAGAGAAAUUCCGGGUGAACCACGACGGGACGACAUGCGAGCAAGGAGCGCAUCCACGGACAACAGUGGGAUCUAUUGUGAAUGUCAACGAUGGACGCAGCAGGCAGAUUGUGCAAAGAGCAGCGUCGCGCGGGAUAAUACAAGCUGUGGAAGCGGCAGAUGGUUAUCGAUAUUCGUUCAACAAUGCGUGGACGGCGAAGGAUGAAGAGGGAAGCAGAUUCUCCUACAUCUGCCAGGAUUCGAUGCAGAAUAAGGAUAGGCAUGCCAAUGGAUUUACGAGAACGUUGAAGCAUUUGAAGGGUGAAGGAGAGCGAGGACCGAGAAAACCGACAUACGAUUGCAAAGGCAGUGUGAGCGUCAAAUUCUCAAGCGGAAGGCAGAGGGUGGAUGUGUACUAUCGUCACUAUGCAAUUCACCAGACUGUUGCGGAGAGGAAGCCACCUGCGAGACCUCCGCCACGACCUCGAGUUCAGAAGGAGUCUGGUGGACUGGCUGCUGAGUUGCAGCGUGAGACGUCGAACCAGGCGGAGCAGUAUGCGAGCUCGGCCUUGCAGAUGGUGAAUAAUCCAUACCAGGAGUCGCCAUUGGCAGCGCGAUCGGAGAAUUCAAACAUAGGAAGACCAUUGAAGAGGAAGCGAGAUUAUGGCCCUCUUGCUGCAAUGCAGACUCCCCGAGAUCCGAAUAAAACGCUUUCCCUUAUGGAGUUGCUGAAGCAGAGCGAUACAGCCAACGCACCCACUCCAGCCUCGGAGACCGCAAAACCGAAGCUAUCGAACACUGCGCCUCCGGUCAAUUACGAGCUUCCGUCGUGGCAAACGCCGCCUCCUAAUUUGAAUAAGCCUACCACGAACGCUCCUUAUCAACCUCCUUACCCACCACCAUAUCAGCCCACGAAUCAAAGGCAGGCUGCGCCCCAACAACGCCAGCCAAAGCAAGCGCCGCCGGGAAGCCAAAGAUCUAAGCAGAGCUCCAGCCAGGCGCCAGCACAAGGCCUCUUCACGACUAUGAAACCUGUCAACAAAGACGAAUACAGAAUCACGACUCCGCAGACCUGGCAGACUCCCCAGACAUAUUUUCAGCCGGUGCAGCGGGCUAAGACGAGCUGUACGCAUUGCAGGAUUGGGAAGAAGAAAGUAGGUUGAGAUAUUGCCAUGCAACUUGCAGUCAUCGCUAACAAGGUGGCAGUGCGACGAAGGUCAUCCUUGCGGUUCAUGCAUAAGAAGCGGUAGAGACUGCAUGUACGAAGGUGGGCCGCCGCACCACCAGGUUUCAGGGACAUCACCGCAGCACGCAACGUCCCAUGCGACGCCCACGGGCUCUUGGGGGAACAUGAGCUCGAUGCCCUCUCCAAGUAACGGAUGGCAGAGCACGCCCACAUACUCUUCGCGACCUUCCAGUAGCCAGGCUUAUGGCUCUCAGCGAUUUGUGCCAGGCCAGCAGAGUAGUCCUCCGCUGGCGUGGUCAGGUGGCGCGAAUCCGAAAUCUGGAGCCACUGCGGACAAAGAGGAGAGCCCCGAUCCGUGGUUUCCCAGGCGGUGA